GCGCAGGCCAUCACAUCAAAGCGAUAUCAUGCGAGGCAGCGCCUACUCGUUGCUUGCCCUUUCAAUUGGUCGGAGAGGGGCGCCAAGCUUGAGCACUGGUGCAGCCACGAGGAGUCGAUGCAGGGCGUCAAGGUAUCUCGUAUUGACAGUGCGGGUGACGUGAACUCUUUGUCCCUGAUCGACGUUGCAGGCCCAGAGUCCGAUGAUCUAUAUCGUGCUUUGAACGCCAUCCG